AUGGUUUUGAUAGCUAUUUUUGAACCAUUUGUUGACAAAAGCAAAAUAAAUGGUUACAGGAGAGUUCUCGGCUAUCAUCACUGUUGUGCCAACUCAAAUGAAAAAAUAUGGUGUUUUUGGAAUCAUUUGGAUCAUUCAGAGAUCAUGGAGGACAAUGAACAACAUAUUACUAUUAAGAUGAAGAAUCAGGCCACUGAUAAAGGCUACCUAGUUUCAGCAGUUUAUGCCAAAUGCUCUGCCAGGGAAAGGAGAGAUCUCUGGGAUAGCAUUGACAACAUCAACAACUUCUGGGAUGGACCAUGGUGUAUAGGAGGAGACUUUAACGUAAUUAUGGACCCUGAAGAGAAGUGUGGAGGAAAUCCAUACAGAGCUAGUAAAAGUCUGGACUUUAUCAGUAUAAUGGAAGCUUGUGAUCUUAUGGACAUUGGAUUCACUGGACCUAGGUUUACUUGGUGCAAUAAUAGAAGCCCCCAAAAAAGAAUAUGGAAGAGGCUUGACAGAGUUUUCAUCAAUGACCUAUGGGCUAAUGAAUUUAUUAGUGGUGCAACAAGAAUUGAAGGUAACUCUAUGUGGCAACUACCAUCUAAGCUGAAACUGCUUAGUAAGAGACUAAGCCAGUGGUCAAAGGAAAGUAUUGGUGACAUAAAUGAGGAGGUGAAUAAUUGGGAGGCCAAAAUGCUAAUUCUGGAAGAUAUGGACCUUCAAAACAACACUGGUCAUGAUAGAGAAGAGCUUAAUAAAGGAUAUGCUGAAUAUAGUAGAUGGUUGGGACUUCAAGAUAAUCUAUUGAGGCAAAAAACUCAGACAAAAUGGUUCAAGGAGGGAGACUAUAACUCAAGAUACUUUCAUAGUAUCUUGAGAGAUAGAAGAAGGAAACUUCACCUGCACAGAAUCAAGAACACGAGAGGUAAAUGGAUUGAAGGUGAUGAGAAGAUUUCUAGAGCUGCUAUCAAACACUUCAAGAACUUCUUUAACCUUAACUAUCAGGAGAAUGAUCACAGAAUUAUCAAUUGCAUUCCUACUCUUAUUACUGAUGAUGAUAAUGUCCUGCUCAAUGCUAUGCCAAUGGAAGAGGAAAUUAAAAAUGUUGUCUUUAGCAUGAAUGCUGAAAGCAGUGCUGGCCCUGAUGGUUUUAAUGGUAAAUCUUCUAAUCCCGCUGGAAUAUCAUCAAAUUUGAUAUCAUUGCCUUUGUUUUUGAUUUCUUUAGAGGCAAAAGGGUAA